GUUGCGCUCCUGGGCCGAGUAACGGCGUCGGGCAAACAGCGCGGGGUUACAGCACGUGUCGACAGCUGUCAUCGUCAAACUCAACAGCCGUCAAACUCGACAGCUGUCAUCGUCAAACUCGACAGCUCUCGUCAAACUCAACACUGUCAAACUUGACAACCAUCGUCAAAGUCAAAAGCUGUUGUUGUCAAACUCAACAGCUCUCGUCAAAGUCGACAGCUGUUGUCAAACUCCGGGGAGGGGGGCGGGGGACCUCGUGCGGCCCCAGGUGCCGCCUCGGAUCGAGCUCAUCGCGGCUUCUUCUCCAGAGGGGUCGUUCACCCCAUGCUCUCGCUGUGGACCCACGCGGAGCCGGGCCCCGGCCCGCGCGCCCUCAUGGAGGCUCUGACGGGCGGUCCGGACCAGGCGCUCGCGGGCCGCUAUCGGGAGCGACUGUCGCGCGGCGAGAGGGCCCUGCUGGCGCGGUGUCACCGUGGGGGCGAGGAGGGCCCCUUCGGCACCGCCCCACCGGCGUGGCUGCUCUGCCAGUGGCCCGAAGAGCCGCAAGGAUUCCGCGAUUUCGCGAUGGGCUGCCCCCCUCGGUGCCGGGCGCUGCACGGGACCCCCCGGCCCACGCUGCACCUGCAGCCUCUGGGUUUCACGGACACCGGCUGCGAGAAGUCGCGUGCCUUCAUGGCGGCGGUGCGCGGCUACGCCGAGGCCUUCCUGCCGGGCUUUACGGUGCGCCUCAACGAGCCCCUCGACGUCGCCGAGAGCCGCAGCCUCUGCCGCCGCGACGCGCGAACGGGUCACUGGCAAAUCCACGCCGACGGGCUGCUGCACUACCUGAAGGGGCUGCGAGCUCCUGGCCGCUCCUGUCUCCUGGGGCUCACUCUCGCCGACCUGUACGCUGGGAACUCCGCCGACUUCGUCUUUGAGAAGUGCCUGCCCGCAGAAGGGGUCGCUGUGUGCAGCCUGGCGCGACUCGACCCGGACUUCGACAAGCGGCUGCGCAAGGCCGGUAAUAAACAGCGGCCUCCUCCAUGGCCGGGCCUCACCGUCAUGCCCCGGCAUGCCAAGGAGCUCCCCAUGGGAGGCCCAUGGUGGCAGCAGCAGCAGCAACAACGGAAGCAACAGGAAGGUGGAGAGCAGAUCCAUAAUCAGAAGCACAAUCAAGGGCGGCAGCAGCAACAGAAUCAACAGCAGCAAGAUCACCUGCUGCAGCAAGAACAUCUGCAGCAGCUGGAGCGGCAGCAGCAGACAAAUCCAGAUCAACAACGCAAUCAGCACGAGCAAGAUUGCCACCAACAAGACCAAUAUGAUUUGUCGCAGAAACAAAAUCAACAGCUAGAUGAACAUGCUCAGCAACGGCAAGAACAGCAGCAGCCUCAAGAUGAACUUGUGAAUGAACAUGAGCAACGAUGCCACCACCAACAACAGCAGCAGCAGCUGCCACCUCCGGGAAGUGAACCCACAGCGCCGGAUCGCGAUGCCGAUGCAAGCGAUGGCCACAACGAGAAGGAGGAGGAGGAAGAGGAGGAGGCCUGGUGUCGGCCCAGGGGACCGCAGGGCCCGUGGGCGAACGCGAGCCUCGUGCGGUGCUACUCGCCCGCCGUGGUGGGACUUCUGCAGGCCCGUCUGGACCCUGCGCGGAGCGGCGACGGCGCUUGGUUCGCUGGCCUCUCCCUGCCCGCCACGCCGGGCGGUGACUUCCUCCUGCACUCGUGCAAGGCGGUGGUGCACGCCGCGUGCCACCUGCUCGGCGUGGCGCACUGCCGCUGGCUCGCGUGCGUCAUGCAGGGCGCGCGCAGCGCGGCGGUGGCGCGCGCGCGCCCGCCGCACCUGUGCCCCGUGUGCCUGCACAAGCUGCACCACGUGGCCGCCUUCCGCCUCGCCCCGCGCUACCAGUGUCUGCUGGAUUGGGUUCGCAGCCAAACGACGCCGGACGACAACGAGGGGACGGGCGACUCAGACGACCUCACACCCCCACGAGCCUCUCACCCCGCCACGCGAGCCCAGCUGUGCGGCGACAACAGUGACAGCACCGGCCGGCAGCCCACCGAGAGGGCCGAGAGCACGGCCACAGCGGAGGAGAGACGCGGCACCCCGGCGAGCCACGAACACCGCACGGCCACAGCGGCCGAGGACGGCGCCCUGCGAGACGCGGGGGACACUGCGGCGAUGGACGCCGCCGAGCGUGGCUCUCUCGUCUCGUUCGAGCGCUGGCUGCUCGCUUGCCUGGACCAGCUGCGAGGAGACGACGAAGCCGGGAACGGCGACGAGGAGAAGGAAGACGGCCAAGAGGCGGAGGGAGUCGACGAGACGCCGCCCGACUGGGACCGCGCGCUGGAGGAGCUGCGCGAGAGAACGCGGCAGAGUCGCGCGAGGCGCAGCGAGGCGGAGGCCAGGGCGAAGGAGGUGGACAGCGGCGGUGGCGGCGGGAGCCUCCGGGGGUUUCUCACCGCCCGGGUGUCCACGCUGAGGCGACAGCUCAAGGGCAACAGCAGCUUCCGUCAGAUGGCGGAGGUGCGGAACAUCGCGGAGAAGUCCUGCAAGAGCCUCAGGGCGAAGCUGAGCGUCAGCGAGAGAAAGACGCUGCAGGGCGCCCCCAGUCAGAUCUCGGGAAUUUCCAGGGACAGCUGCAGGAAGCCGGACCAGUAGAGCGAUGUGCCAAACCUCCAGCGCUCUCCGUGCUUAGAACGCCAUGAAAGGCGCCUGUCCGGGUGGUGCGAAACGUUCACUUCGAUACGCAUUCCUCGACCGAUAAUCGGUUCAAUUACU